UUGUCAUUGGUUCUUUCUUGCGAUCGAAUGCAAUUAUAUUUUUGGUUUGGCAAUUUAAAAAGAGAAAUGUUUUCUUUCAUUUUAAAAAAGAACUGUUUCAAGAGAUUUAAAGUGUUUUGCCGUGAUAGAAAAAUACACCCGAUAGAAGAUGGCGGACUUAUAGACGAUUACGUCUAUCCUAAGGAAAAGAGAGUGUGUAUGUAUGCAAACUUCCAACAGGCCUCAUCAAAAAUUGGUGGCGUCACGAGUUCUCCUCUGAAUAAAAGCUCGAAUGUAAGCGUAUCAUCUAUACUGUCUCUAUCAGAUCACAAUCAUUCUGAUAAAUUAUAUCGUGCAAAAGAAAUCAAGCUAAACGAAUUGUGUCGUUGGUGGGAGAUGCACAACAUGUUGCAAGAGCAACGUUUCCCAAAUGUUCGGCCGUGCAUCCUAGACAACAACUGUGAAGAAAUGUGUAUAAAUAAUAUGAUAUGGUAAACAACUUAUUAUGCUGAAAAUCAAACACAUCAGAGAACACCGUCUACUUUUAUUCUUCACCAGCCAAAAAAUCUGGACGAGAGGCCUGUACAAAAGCUGGAAAGAUUAACAAGGUUCCUCAUGAAGUUUGCCAUUUAUCGAUUUCCCAAACAAAAUAAAAAUGAGUCUGUUGAGCGCAUAAUUAAUAGAAUGCUCGUCUCUGCGCAGAUUCAAAAUAUUCUGAUUCCUUCGCCCAAUGUAGUAAUGCGUAAAGACUACACGAAAAACUCAAGUUUCGUCAUGAAAGUGGUAUUAUAAAUUUUUGUAUUAUUAACACAAUAAAUGUGUUAGUUUGAAAUGUCAUGUUUGACUUUUAAACGAUAGUAAAAUUUAAUAAUUCGUUUUAAAAACAAAGGAUAAAAGCAGAUACAGUUGAUUUCCUGGCGAAUUGCAUAACCUGGGACAGUCCUUUCCAUAUGGAGUAAUUUGCAGAGAAAGUAAAUGUGGAAAGUUCCUAAUUUAUAUAAAUUAUCCAGACUGCAGAUUGGGGAUGCGUAAUA